CUGUUUUGGCACUUGACUGUUGUCUUUUAUGUUACUUUUCUCGCGACGUGAGUGUUGUCAGUAAGCCUACCUAAUGAAAAUGCCAUUCUCAUUAUGUCAUAAGUGAAAGGAUUUAGUCUUUCAUAUGGUGCAGGGUGUUAGAUUGUAGACAGCAGCCAUGCCACCUCCAUCUCAAUCUGCAACGUUAGAUGGACUUCCAAAACCCUUUGUUGGUGCUCUUCGCACCUUAUUUGAUAUCAUGGAUGAUAAAGGAGCUGGAUUUGUUAAAUUUUCAGAAAUCGAGAGGCGGUGGCAGGACGAUGGCACGAAAGGGCUUCCUAAAGGUGUAAUUGAGAGUCUGAGGAAGGUGACACCUCCAAAUGGCCUGUUGUCAUUCGAGAGGUUCUGUGCGGGGCUGAAAAUAUGCCUCCUGCGGAACCAGGUGGAGAGCCGGCAGCCCAGUCGACCUCCUUCUGCCCCUCUCCUGGACAUGGAUAAACCACAGUGGAACUCCAGCAACACAGCUACGGUGCGACCAAACAAUGCAAUGGCCCAGCAACGUACUUUGAGCAUGCCUCAGCUACCCGGGGAUCAAAAGGACACAGUGGGGAUUCCUGUGGUCAAGUCCCCACCACUAUAUGGUCCACCCAAACCACCGAGAACAGCUGCAGGGUUGGAGCGGGCUAUGCAACUGGCAGCAAGUGAGCGGGAGCGAGCGGGUGGGCUGGACAAGCAAGAGAUACGGACAGCUCUGCAGAACUGGCAACUUGGUGUUAUGAUGGGUGAUCAAGAAGAGAAGCGUAUGGCAUACAGUCGUGGUCGCAGUAUUGGUGACGGCAAACCUGCAGUUGUUGCUGAGCCCCAACAAGUCUUGCCCCACAAGAAAGGCAGCAGCCGAAGACGGGAACCUCGUAGACACACACUGCAGAAUGGCAUUGAUUAUAACAUGUUGAAGAGGAUGAAGCAGAUUGAGCAGGAGAAGGAUGUGCUGAUGCAAGGUCUUCAGGCUGUGGAGAAAGCUCGGGACUGGUACCUUAAACAGGUGGCUGCAGUACAGGAGAAGAUGAAAUAUUUGGGCAGAAUGGGCUCACAUAUGGACCAAUGGAGUGAAGCACAACACGAAAGACUGGAGCUACAACGUGCGCGAGUACUGGAAGUGAAUAGACACCUUGCAGCAUUGACUGAGAGUGGGGAGCGUGGGGGUCUCCCCCUACACAUGAACCUGGCUGUGACACACCCAUUGACCAGGCUCAAACAGCAGAAUCUGCUUCUAACGGAGGAGGUGGGGAAGAAGAGCGAACGGAUCUCUGUGUUGGAACGGGAGAAGGCAGCAUUAUUGAGAGAACUGUUCCAGAACCGGGGACAACUGCGGCGCAGUGAUGUCAACCCAGAUCCUGUCGGUUUCAUGUGAUGAUCAUUAGUGAAGAUAGUUUAUAUGUUGUUCAUAUAGUAUAUACUAGUUUUUAUACCAUUUAAAUUUGUUGUUCCCAUUUAAAACUAUGAUAGAAUCUCUAAAGAGUAAAGAUGUGUAACACGUUUUUAAUUUAAUCAGACCACAGAAAGACUUAAUGGCUACCUGUAAAGGUUAGUGCAGUUCCCUAGUGAAUGAUAAGGCUUUGUUUGAAUCUCUGAACUAAUUUAAUAGUUUUCUUUUUUAUAUUAAAAUUUAUAGGCCCAUGUAUGUACUCGUGUAUUUUAUAGUGUUGACAUUUCGGAAUAUUUAUGUUGAGUUUGUGGAAGUCUACUGUGAGUUAUUUGCUAAGGUCAAUUCUAAUAGCCUAAUUAUUCGAGUAAUAUACUGAGUAAUAUGUAUUCAAAAGAAGAAACACACUAAGUGUCUUCUUCCCUAAUUAAAUAAAUUUAAUAAAGUUGAUAAUUAAGCAUCAAUGGAGUGCCUAUGCAAUAGACAGGUUAAUAAAUAAUGGUAUUAAGACAUCCUUGAGGUUAAUUACUGACAGACAUUUAAGUUACAAGUUUUGUUAUUCAGGAUAAAUUAGACAAGUAAUUCAGUGGUUUCAUUUUUCUACAACCCUUAAGAAAUGUUUAACUCUUUAUAACAUUGAUUCUGAAUUCAAUUAAACUUGUACCGUUGGACUUGAAGAUUACGCUGUCACUAGUGGUUGUUUGGAUGAAUUCAGCUUUUCUGUUUUUAAAGUGCCACAAAUAACUGCCUUAUUCAACCUGGUCACUGCAACUGCCUCUAAGAGGGAAAAUUCAUUUAUAUAGUAAAUUAAUUGACAAGAAAAGUAAUCUCUGUUACUCCGGUGUUUAAUUAUAAUUGACAAGAUGAAUAUAAUUAUUUAAAAACAGUUGUUACUAUAAAAAAAAACACACACACACACACACACAAUUUGAGACCUGUAUUACUCAAGUUUUGUAAAAUUAUGGCCACCUUACUUAAGUAUUAUACUUAAGUUUUAUGGCCAGAAUUGUUCCAAAUGAUCAGGUAUUAAUCCUAGUAUUAAACAUAUCACUCCUUUUUUAUCACAUGUUUUUUGUUAAAGGGUUUGAAAUCUGAAACUGGCAAACAUAACCUGUUUUAAACUAUUUUAUAUAUAUAUAUAAAUUGCCCAAAAGGUAAAUAAUAUUAAAAAAUAAUUUUUUUUUAAAAUUAGGUACAUUAAUAAAUGGUUCUAAGCAUACACAAAAAUUAAAAUUCUAAUUAAUGUUUCAUUGUCUGGUUGAUGCUGGUGUUGUUGAAUGUACAUGUUUCUGUACAGUGACAUGGUUGGUACCAAUUAAUAUCUAGUCACCCUUGACCCUCAGGAGUAUGCUUGAAACUUUAUUAUGGUACAAAUUGUUCUGUUAUUUACCAAAACUUAGGAAAGUUCAUUACCUCAUAUUAAUUAAUUUUUGUGUAUGUUUAACCUUACACCUUAAGAUUUUUAUUCCUGAAGACGAGGAUAGAUGAAUACAAUUCUCGAAACUGUGUUCUGUUGUUGCAACAUUAAAGAUUGUCCAAAAACCUAAUUUAUCAAGAUUUUUUAAUUUUACUAUAAACAUAAGAUGUUAAAAUAUUUUUGUUCUACAGUACAGUUAAAUGGUGAUAACACAAAUAUUUAACAGUUAUCCAUCAUAAAUGUGUACUUUCAACAGGUUGUGUGAUACCACUAGUAGAGUUGAUAAAUAUUGAUAUCAUGUUAAGAUGUGUUUACGUUAAAAUCUGUUAAUCAUUAUAGUAUACAAGUCUUUGUAACCCACAGUACAAUAUGUUAUUUAUUUUACUAAUUGUUAAAAGAACUUAGCAUUUUUAUUUUAUGCUGAUAUGUUAUUUUAAUAAAAUACGUUUUUUACAUACACGUAAAUCAAAAUUAAUGUAGGCUCAAAGCUAUAUUAUAUUUAUUAUAUUUUUUGGUAAUAAGUAUUGAUAUCUAUGAAAGUUAAAAUUGUGUGGAAUUGUCUCAGUUUACCCAAAUAAAAUAUAAUAUUUAAAAUUAGUGUGUAAACAUUUAUCAUAUAAAAAUCUUGUAACUGUUUCUUGAUUGAGUAGGUUAGUCGAUUAAGGUUGUAAAUAAGUAAUUACAUAAAUGUAUUAAAAUAAUGACUUAUAGAGUAUUGUUUUCUUAAGAAUUCACUUAGUUUGUUCGUUGUGUACACAAUCAACUAUAUUUCAAACGUCACUAGGUCAUGAUUAAAAACUAUAGAAAUGAUUACAUUACACAAUAUUAUGACAAAUAUUAUCUGAAUUCUAAACACUACUCUUUAAGCCAUAUCCUUCAUUAAAGGAAAUUGUAGCUAGGUUAGUAUGACUUAAUUUUGGGUUUAUUAAUGGGUUGGUUGUUCAAUAUCUACUAGUUGAUAAACAAGCCGGUUAAUCAAUACGGAAUGAAACAUUACAGUACUUCUUAAUGCAUUGAAACCUAUUGUUUACAUUAAAUUUGUAUUAAUAAGACUUUGUGAAUAAAUUAUAUCACUUAAGGGUAUUUUUAUAAUAUUGUCCA